AUGUUAUUUGGCGUUAAAUAUAACGAAUCCGCUACAGAAUAUGUAUGUAGGUAUCUCAAUCUGUUCAUAUCUAUCUACCGUAAUUGCCUAAUAUUUAUCUGUAUCUAUCUAUCUAUCUAUCUAUCUAUCUAUCUAUCUAUCUAUCUAUCUAUCGCAAUAUCUUCAUAUCUAUCUAUCAAUCGCAGUCUUAUCAAAUCUAUCGCAAUCUCUUCAGAUCUAUCUAUCUAUCUAUCAAACGUAAUCCCUUCAUAUCUAUCUAUCUAUCUAUCUAUCUAUCUAUCUAUCUAUCUAUCUAUCUAUCAGGAUCUUUUUACUUCUCUUUCUCUCCUCGAUGUAUCUCAGUCUGGUCAUAUCUAUCUAUCUAUCUAUCUAUCUAUCUAUCUAUCUAUGAUAUUAAACAAUUUCUUUAUGUCGUUAAUAUCUAUCUAUCUAUCUAUCUAUCUAUCUAUCUCCAAGAGCGCGCGAGAGCAGACACACACAUAUAUAAUUUAUUCGAAAAUUAUAGCAUAA